UCCUGGAGCCAUUUUUUUUCUCCCUCCAGCGAGCGGCGCAGCGGCAGUGGAGCUCGGCGGUAACUUUUUAAAUCCGAGCCAUCUGCGCGUUUAUGACACUAAUAUCACCUGAAACGCGGCCGCAUCGAUAGUUAGGAAUCUCAUCUUCCAUGCAAGGUGAAUAUUUGUGAUAUAAAAGCAGCGCGUUGGUGUUAAAAACGCCGUUUAAAGUCAGGUCGGAGAGCAAAAAGAGAGACAGGAGCGACACACACACACACACACACACACACGAGAGCCGCGUCGGAGACGAUGAGAAGAGCGAUCUCAUCCUCGGCCCCGGAGAGUGUGAUCAUCACCGGGGUCGGGGGCUCUUCGCUGGACGAGAACGCGGUCCUGACGGCCCUGGGCUCCAACACACACACAACCACCUACAUCCACAUCAUCACCCCGCCGCCGUGCCUCACACACACUCCCGCCGUGUGUGUGUCCGAGUCUCCGGCCGCGAGCCUCUACAGCACCCCGACCGGGAGUGGACAGAGACCUGCGCUGGGACGGCCUCCGGCGAAGAGGCGGCUGGCUCUGGACGACUCGGAUCACCUGUACACAGCUGAAGUAGCCAAAACCCCCAAGACCCAAAAUGGAGGACCGCUAGCUGUGCUAAAGGGCAACAAAACUCCGAAGUCUCCGUCGGAGAAGACUCGCUACGACACGUCUCUGGGUCUCCUGACUAAGAAGUUUGUGCAGUUGUUGGGCCAGUCGUCGGACGGCGUGGUGGAUCUGAACCAGGCGGCCGAGGCGCUCAACGUCCAGAAACGGCGUCUCUACGACAUCACCAACGUGCUGGAGGGGGUGCACCUCAUCAAGAAGAAAUCCAAAAACAACAUCCAGUGGAUGGGCUGUAACCUUUCAGAGGUCGGUGGAGUAUUGACCCAUAAACAGACUCUGAGCAGUGAAGUGGCUCAGCUAGUGCAGGAGGAACGGAGGCUCGAUGAGUUGAUCCAAAGAUGCACGCAGGAGGUCAAGCAGAUGACCGAGUCGUCUCAGAAGCUCGCUUAUGUAACGUAUCAAGACCUCCGGCGGGACAGUAAUCUGAAGGAUCAGACGGUCAUCGUCGUCCGCGCUCCAUCCGAGACCAAGUUAGAGGUGCCCGAUCCACAAGAGGGCUUGCAAGUUCACCUCACGAGUACAAAAGGGCCUAUAGAUGUCUUCUUGUGUCCUGAUGAAAAUACCCCCGACAGUCCUGUGAAGAAUGAGAAUUCCGGGUUGAUUGGAAACUCCUCACCUUUUGUGAAAGUGUUAGAAGAUGGUGACUCCAGUCAUUCAGGCCCAGCAGUGACUGUCACCAACCUUUCCCCCAUUACAUCCCCCUACACCAGCCUGCUGCAACAAACGGAGGACCAGAACCCGUACUCGGAAUCGCCCUUCAUCAGCCUGGGCUCGCCACCGCUCAGCGACGACUACCUCAUGAGCCUAGGAGAAGGCGAGGGCAUUUCUGACCUCUUUGAUGACCUCGAUCGCCUCCCCAAUCUGGAUGAUCUUCUAUGCAACUGAAGGGGCACGUUAGACUCCUGAUUGGAUUGACCCGGUCAGGUACCACUCACGGGAGGGUGCAAACUUGUAGGUGUCCUUGAUUCAGGAGUGUGGGAAGAUGCAUUUUUUUCAUCUUCUUGUGCAUCCUGAAUUAUGUGAUGCUUGGAGAAUGGUCUACCCUCUUCCAGCCUGGUUCCUGUGAGACUGUGAUAAAGGAACCUCCAGUGUUACUUGACUAAGUGUUUCUCAUCUAAUCAUGUUAGAAAAUUUUCCUGCAAGUGGCUCCUGUCCUGUGUAUUACAUUAAAGAUCGGCACUGGGAACUCAGCUUUAGUGAUACCACUAAUGCAGGGUGGAUCUCGGUCAUCUUCCUAGUGGAAACUGCUCGUUUAUAGCUGAGGAAUGUCCAGAGGAAUGGCAACUGUUCCUACACUGAUAACUGCAGCUCUCAAGUGCCCAUGAAUUGGUGACUUGAUGGUUUCCAGUUCGUUUUACACUCUCUCAUACAACUUGGAUGCUCCUUCUGACCAAGAUCUUCCAACUUGCAGAUGCCUUGAUUUUGGGAGUUGGUGAGCAUCUCCCUUUACUUCCUCGUCUUUCCAUCAACAUUUAGGAGCUCCUCUACAAACAGCUUUGGAUGGUUCCUGGAUGGUUCCUCCCUAUCCUCAGUCCUCGUGUGCGUACGGCCGUACGCAGACUUGAAUGAUUAUUGUUGACUUUUCAUCAUACCUGAAGGUGAAGAUAAACUCUUGGUAAAGAUCCAGGUGAAUGGGUCCAGUGGAAUAAAUCAAGCUCUGUGUAGAAUUACACAGCAAUGCUCACAUCAUGUGCUGCUGUUUUUAUUCCCACAGUGAUGGGAGACAAGCAGAGAUGGGAUUCUUAAAGCUGCUCUUUAUUGCGUUCAGUGCUGCUGCAGAUUUCUUCCGCUCCCUUGUGUGAGAAAUCACUUCAUCGUUCGCAUCGAUGCUUUCAGACUGUAUUGAAGUAUAGAUCUGUCCAGUUUAACUUCUUCUUUUAGCCUGGAGCCAAAGGUCUCUAGAUAUUCACACCAUGUUUUUUAUUUCAUGGAAUAUUGAUGCCACUGACAGGAUCUCCAGCUGAUUUUGAGAUGAUGGAUGGUGAUUUGAGGAAUCUGCCUGUUUCAGUGGUGGGGUUCAUUUCAGUUUUGAAAGUGCACUUUAGAACUCACUGGCUUGGCUGUAUGUUUACCAAGCUGUCAUCCAUUUACAAAUCAUUUUUAACCAUUUUUAUGGAUAAAAUUUAGGGAAUUCCUUUUUUAAGGAACUGAUCGAUAUUCUCAUUGGAUAUCUUGAGCUUCAGAUUAAAUGCAUGUUUUUACGCAAAGGCCUGGUGCCCUUGGUGUAGAUACCGUUUGUUAUGUACAUGUGGUACUGUACAUUUACAUUUUAAAGGAGUGCUUCACAUUUAGUCUUUUCCCCCUGUACCACUAAUCAGCCCAGACCUGUUUCUUUCGUUUCAGCCCCAUAGCUAAGUGUUAACCUGUACGAUUUUGUUUUCCAUUUUCUCUCAUAAAAAGCAUGUCCUAGAAAGGCCAAACAACCUCUAGGAGAACCAGGAAGCCAUGUCCAUCAAACUGCAUACAGAUAUGUAAACAAAAACAUGAUUUUAAUGUGAAAACAAUUGAGCAAAAUAUAGAAAAUCAAGUGUUUUUAAAAAAAAAAUAAAAAUAAAAAAAGCUGUGUUUUGGAGUGGACACAAGACAAGUUCAGACGAACAAAACACUGCAUUUGGAUUUUUUUUCCCAAAUAUAACCAUGACAAUACAAUAAUAACGAUGAUGGGUAAAUGAGAUGAAUCUCCCUCGUUCUUUAUAUUUGGUGAAACAGACCAGGAAUAAGUGUGUGGAAAAAGUUCUAACCUGUAGAGUGUGUGUGUGUGUGUGUGUGUGUGUGUGUGUGUGUGUGUGUGGGGUUAGUUUGGGGAAAUUUACUUUAAUGUUUUAUUUUUGUGUGUAGGAUCGAGUCGUUUCAGUAAGUGUGUGCUUGGUGAAACCUCCAGCUUCUACAGUUCCACACUGUACGUGUUAAUAUUGUGUAUCGAUCAUGUGUCUGUAGAAUAAUCCCACAGCGUACCUAAAAUAUAAUAAAACAAUCGUUCAUUUAUAUUACCAUCGCCCGAAGGACGUGGGGAAAUGAUGGUAUGUUAGUGUCACAUUCUGGUUGGUUCUCCUAAGGGCACUAGGUAAUAAUUUCUAUAAGUUUUGUUAAUAAUCCUGCAUUUCAUAAAAAGCCACAAAUUAUUUCUAAACAGUGAGGAAAUGUUUAGAUUUAGGGGGAAAAAAAGAACAAAACGGUUGUAUGAAAGUGUCUUGUGUGUGUUGUAGAGUUCAGGAUCAGUUACUGAAAGCCGUUGCUGUAUCAGUGCCUUCACCAGCUAUGCAGAGAUCCAGUUUAAGCAAACCUUUAACUUCAGAGCUGGUCGUCCACCAUGGCUAACAUUCCUCCUGUAAAAUAUAAAACAGUGGCGUUUACACAACCCUUUACAGGAACCUGGUCCAGGGCACACACACUAAAUACAAUCAAGAGUGUUAAUCUCACACACACACACACACACACACACACACACAGCUUGUAGCUUGCUGAUAUUUUCACACCGGUGGCUUGAUGAAGAUUCACGUUUAGCAGAUGAAGAGUAUUUCCACUGGUCAUCUGUUUCUAAGCUGUUUUAUUAAUGCAGUCAUGUUAGGAUUUCAGGUGCAGUACUCUGUUAGCCCCGAAAAUAAAUAAACCAGUACAAUAACAAAGUGAGGAAGAAUAAAUCCCCAGGGCACAUUAGACUGUUUAAGAACUACUUACAAAAUAUAUCCAGGACUUGGCUUAGAUUUAGAUUUGUGAACUAAAUUCUAAAGCCUGGUACAUGAUUGUAAGAUCCUGAAGUUGUACAAGUAUCUGUUCCUUCAUGAGAUUAAUAAGCCUUUAACUGAUAGACGAUUUAUCACUUUCCAUUUGUGCUGAGAAGCUUCAUUAUCAAUUUUCCUCAGCUUUCAUUACUCCAGGACUAUAGAUUAGCAUUCUGCUCUUUCACCUUAAGGCUGUAUUUUAUUUUUAUUUAUUAGAAACGUCACCACUGGGGCUCUGGAAUUAAAUUACCUGCUUUAUCUGUGACCAAGAACCUUCACCUGCUUUCUUUACUGUCUGCUGUUUGUUUUUUUGGCUCAUUGACAUCCCACAGUGGCCACUAGUGACCAUCACUGGUCUAUGCAACCCCCAGUUUACACACACACACACACACACACACACUGUCCCCUUUGCUCAUGAUGCUUUUGACACGGCUGAACAGAUAGACACAGCUAAUUAGAAAAUUAAUUAAUGACCUGAUCUGGAAAAUCUAUUUGCUUUGCCAUACAGAGAGUCAGGAAAAAGCUCUCUUCUGCUUCACAAUAUCUAAAUCUCUGUUCAUCUUCAAGCCAAGAGCACAUGAUGCUGCAGUAGAGCUUGACCAGCUCUCUCUCCUGGCUGAGAUGAUUACUCGUGUGUGUUUUAUGCAAUCUUCUCCAGUUCCAGCCUGGACUUCUGGCCUUCGCCUCUUUAACCUGGUCUUAAACACCAGCAACCAUUAAAGCGAGGUUCUCCGCUCUGGGUCAGAGGAACCGCCUGAGCUUUUUCCUCAAACAGUCAAACACGUUAGUAGAUCGUGUGUUUAAUGAGGUGAAGAAUUCUUGAAAGGAUUGAAGUUUCGUAACUAUAAUGCAAACAAGUUUCCCGAAUCUGUUCCAGAACGAUCGGGAGACUCGGCUGACCUUUAGGAGAAUCCUCAGGAUUUUAGAUUAGCAAUUAUAUUGUUCCCCAUAAAAAUCUGAGCUGUGUUGAUGUCUGCGUGUGUUUCUGUACAUUAACAGUAAUAUGUUGAAUAUUCACGCUUUCCUGUUUCAAGUGUUACUGCCAUGAAGGAUCCAUGCUUUUGAUUUAUUCAUGAGAACUGAUUAAUCUUCUAUAAUAAACAUCCUUUUCUUUUGUUUGGAAUGGUUUAAGAAUAAAUUGAGGUGGACGUUUUUGUUUUUAUUAGGAGAAAAACUCCUGGCCAAAUGCAUUUGAAGGAAAUCCAUUAGAGCACCAAAGUGUUGUUCUCCCAUCUCCUCUUUUUUUCAAGUUAAACUUAUGUACAUCAAUAGAAUAAUGAGCGUAUGAAAAUCCACCCUUAACGAUGGAGAACCUCGCCGAUAUUUAUUGUCCUUAAAUUAAUCACUUAAUAUUUAAUGCCUCCACAGCGUCUCACUCCCGUUUCUCCAUAUUUCUGUCCUGUGUUUCUUUAAUUGCACAUUUUAUUCUCCACUCUUAGUAAUUUUCCUGAUGAAAAAUGAAUGUGAGAACAGCUUGCUGUUUAUGAUGUACUCUGAUUUGUUUUUUUUAGCAUGAAAAUGUGUGCGUGUAAAAUAAGGUUUUAAAUUUCAGUGUUUUUUGAUAAGCUUUCAACAUAUGAUGUCAUUAUCAGCUUUGAGAGAAAAAUAAUGUAGAUAAAUGUCUUAAAUAGAGCCUCUGUUUGGGGAAGAAAUACUGAGUGUAUUUUACUCUGUUCUUUUCACCGGAUUAUGAAUAAAAGCAAUA